AUGGAUGUCUCAGUCGACUCUGACGUUCUUGCAAAGCUUCAUACCAAAGAAGCGACUUCUUUGCAUCGGAUUAGCGAUGAUCUCAGCGCUUGCGGCGUGGGGAAAAUUGUCGAUCUUCCCCAGAUCAUUGUGGUGGGCGAGCAAUCGGCUGGCAAGUCAUCAGUCCUCGAGGCCAUCUCACAUAUCCGGUUCCCUGUUGAUAGUGGUGUUUGCACACGAUUCGCAACAGAGCUGAUUUUUCACCAUGCGAGCGAGACUCGUAUUGAAGCCAGCGUCAGGUUUGCAGACAAAACGAAACCAUCUCAAACUUUUCAGCGGCAGAAAUUUCACGAGGAUGAUCUUUCUGAUAUCAUCAAAGAGGCCAAGGAGCACAUAGGUUUCUCACACGACGGAAAAGACUUUUCCAAAGAUGUUUUACGACUUGAGAUUGAAGGCCCGAAGAUAUAUCCUUUGAGUCUUGUUGAUCUCCCUGGUCUAUAUCAUACAAGCUCCCACAAUCAGUCGUCGGGAGGCAGAGAUACCGUCGAUGAGCUGGUAGCAGGAUAUAUGCGACAGAAGAACAGCAUUAUCCUGGUGGUGGUCUCUGCCAAUAUGAACUUGGUCAGCCACUCGGCUCUUGAGAAAGCAAAGACUAUAGACCCUCAGAGGCGGCGUACCAUCGGAGUCAUCACCAAGCCAGAUCUUGCACUUCCCUCUAACGCCAAGGAGUACAUCAUGGUGGCAAAGAACCAGGAAAGCGCGCACAAGCUACAGCUCGGAUGGCACGUGCUCCGGAAUAGAGGAGAAGAUGAAACAAGCCUCGAGGCUCGUGAUAAACUUGAGGCGUCCUUCUUCGAAAAGGGUGCUUGGGCUACCGUCCCUGGCGAGGACCUUGGCAUUGCCAAUUUCCGCAAGAAGUUGAGUGGGAUUUUAUUCCAACAUAUCAGAAACAGUCUUCCUGGAGUCAUCGAGGAUAUCGAAACAAAGCUCAGAGACAGGCAGGAGGAGCUUACCCGACUUGGAACUGCAAGAUCUGACGCCAAGGCUAGAAGAUCUUACCUGCUCACCAUUGCCAGUGACUUCCAACGUCUGGCUCGAGAUGGGUGCAAUGGACGAUACAAUGAUCCAUUUUUCGGUGUUUUGGAGGACGAAGAUCUGAAGUUCCGGGCCUUGCUUCGGAAUUUUAACCGAGUUUUCGAUUACAUCCUGAGGACAAGAGGGUCCUCUCAAAGCAUCGUGUUCGCGGAAGAGGAUAAGUGUGGCGAGAGUAAGCUCCCUGGAUAUCUUGCAAACUUUCUAGGCCGCUAUCCUUACGAGUUUCCGGACCCUAAGAGGGUUACAACAGAAGAGCUGAGCGCUGAACUUGAGAACAAAGCCGCUGCAAACCAAGGCCGAGAGUUUCCAGGAUCUCCCAAUGCAGAUCUUGCUAUGCAGCUGUUCAAGAAGCAAGCCGCUCCAUGGAAACGAAUCGCUGAAUUUCAUGUCGACAUGGUAGUCUCAGUUGCAAAGGCCUUCGUUGAUCAGUUGUUCAAGCAUGUGAUAGGGCCCCCCCAGAACAACCCAACUACGGAAGCAAUCUUGUCUACUCACGUAGACCCCUUCUUCGAAGAAAAGGAGAAGUCACUCCGUAGCAAGAUCGACGAGUUACUUCGACCUUACCUUCAGGGCUAUUCUUCUCCCGUGGACAUUGAGUUUUACCAGGCAUUGUCUCAGAAGUCCGCGAAGCGUGUCGCUAACCAGGUCUGCAAGACAUUGGAGGACCAGUGUCCAGAGCUCUUUUCUGAUACAUCCAAGAAUAGUUUGACACCAGAAAAAAUAACCCAAGCGAUGGUGUCUGGUCAAAGUUCGCGAGUAGGAGAGUUUGGAACAGACAAGAUUAUUGAUAUGAUGCUGACAUACUAUGAGAUGUCUCGACGCACAUUCACAGACAAUGUGAUUAAUCUUGCGAUUGAGAGUUGCCUCGUAUGCAGCAUUCCUGAGAUCCUCACGCCAACAAAGGUGGACGGCAUGGGCGAUACCGAGCUCGAGAACCUCGCAGCCGAGCGUAUUGAGACGACGUCUCGUAGACAUCUUCUUGACACAGAGAUCAAGAUUCUUCAAGACGGCUUAGCUACGUGCCGGAAGCAUAAACCAAGAAUUGCCAACGUCCUGCCCUCUUCCAGACCCAUUAGCAGUCCCCCGGGUCCCCCAACGGCCUCCAAACCAGCUUCGAAACCUGCGCCAACCCCAAGCCCAGGGGCUGCUGGCCCAGUCAAGUCGGUUCCGGCAACUGCUAGGACUCAUCCCGCUCCGACACUAUUUUCAGGAUCUAGCACCGUCUUUCCAAAAGGUGGCAUGACUGGAGAAGUUCCUGCCUCGUCAUCCAAAAGCUCAGACAGUGGUGUUGGCAGUUUGUUUAAUUUCUCAACCACCCCAACAUCGAUGCGACAGCAGAAUGCCACUGAUCCAGUGCAGCCCAAAGCCACUAGCGUAUUUGAAACCCUAAAUGCGUCCUCUACUCCUGUGACAUUCCCAUCUGGCGGGCUUUUUGGUAACACCGGGACCAAGUUCGGCGGUUUCGGAGGAUCACCGAACCAGAAACCUGCCACUGUUGAUUUUGGUAAACCUUCUGGCAGUAGCGGAAGCUCGAAUACGACAAAGGGUUAG